AUGUCGUUCCCACAGCAGGGCUAUGGGCUUCCCAGGGACGCGAGUGGGGCUCCUGUGCCUCCGUCGUCUCCUGAAAACGCACAUCUCGUGGCUGCGUCGCUCUCGCUCGGCAGGUCGGCGGGCCCUGAGGGUGCGUACAGCCACGCCGCAGGCCUCCCGCCGCCCUACCAAGCUUACGGCGCCGUUGGAGGAGCAGACGCCUCUUCUCUCUCUUCUCUCGCGGGUCUACCUCAGAGGCCCGGCGCCCUGCCCGGGCCGUCUUUCUCGGGACACUUUGCCUCUGGCGUCGCUCCGCAGGCGUUCGCGGCCCGUCCGUCUCCGUUCGCGACUUCUCUUCCUCGCCAGACGCUUCAACCCCACGGGCGCGUCUCCCUGCAAGGCCCCCAGAACGGCGCCGGUGUCGCCCCGGCCCCGGGGAAGGGCGCUUCCGUGCCGUUUCUUCCGUUCGCGACCAACGUGCCUUCCGCCUCCGGUUUCGGGCCCGGAGCCUUUUCGGCGGGGCGCGUCCCGGGGCCCGUCGCCCAGCAGGGAUACGUCCCCACCACGGGCCUCCUGACCGCGACCCCGCAGCAGAGCCGCAGCCUCGCCUCAGCCGCAGCUGCUGCCGUCGCCGCGACCGCUGCUCUCGCUGCGCAAGCCGCCGAGGCGUCUGCCGAGACGAGUCUGCCUGGAGUCCUCGCCGCGCACGGACCCGCAGGCGGCGCCUCGGGCGCCGUAUUUCUCGCUGUGGGGAAGGGUGCGGGAAGCAGGACGUCGUCCAAGGGCGGCGGGAAGAGCAGUCAGGCGAGUUCAGUCGUGGAGGCCGGGCCAUCGUCGGGGGGCGGCUCGCGAGGAGACAGAGAGGAGCUCGGCACGGGGUCUGUGGGGCCGGGGGGUGCCCCGCGGCGCCCGCGUUCAGGCGCUGCGGGCGCGGGCCUCGGAGGGUCGGAUCUCCAGGGCGGGGCUCUGUCGGGCGCACAGAAGGGGAAGACGGGCGCGCAUGGCGACGGCGGGCCCGCAGGAGGCGAAAGGGAUGAAGGCUUACGGGAAACGAGUCGGAAGCCUCUAGCCCAAAGUGGAGGGCGACGCGACGCGGGCCGGCUGGGAACAGGCGCGGCUGCGUCGACUGGAAACGGGGAAGUCGGCGACGACGUGAUGACGGCAGUCGCCGUGGAGAACGAGAGUCUUAAGUGGUCGCUUUUCAUCAGCAACGCCCUGAAGUGGGCUGCCGACCCCGAGCUCGACUACGACGAGGAAGACGGCGGUUGGGGCUCCACUGUAGCGGCGGGGCGGACUCCCGGAGGCGCUUCCGGGGAUGUGUCUCGCCCUUUGGCGGUGGCCGGGGAAGCGCCGGCAGCGGCGUUUGGGGGAACGGACGCCGCAGGCUCCCCUGGGAGCGGAGAUCGACCGUUUUCGUCGCACUUGUCCUCUCAGCCUGCCUCUCACAGCACAGGCCCCACGAAGCCGGACGGGUCCCGUUGGGACGACGAAGAAGAGGCAGAGCGUCAGAGACGGCGCGCGUGUCAGGUGCGCGAAUGCAUGCGGCGAAAGAAGCGGUUUCAGCGAGGCCACGAGCCUGUCGAGCCGCGCACGGCCCCGUCAGCUCCAUCUGGCGAGGAGACAUCCGGAGACGCCGGCGCUACCGCGGGCCUGCUGAGCCUUGUGGCGGACUCCGAUGGCGAGCGUCGGAGCGAAGGAGCCCCGAGAGGAGGGGUUCCCUCGCCAGGCCCAGGAGGGGGAGACACCGGCGGGGACGGCUUUGGGCGUUCCGCGGCGGGCGCUGCCGCGUCGCAAGCGUGGGAGCCGGGGACGGAGAAAAAAGGAGAGGAGGGAGACUGCCAGGGAGGCCGGGAGACGGGAGGCGAGGGAUAUUUGGGCGACUUGGGAGCAGACGAAGAAGAGGACGAAGACGCAGGCCUUCUUCUCGUGCUGGGCGUCUGCUGCAACAACUUUGUGGAGGAAGUCGUGGCAUCAGCUGCGUCCUAUGCGAUGACUUGGCGCGGCGGCUCUUCACUGUCUCUCCCGCCUUCUGUCUCGUCUCCUGUCUCUGAUGCCAAGGAGGCAGGUCCGCUCUAUCCGUUCUCCCGGUCGGCCGUGCCGUCCUCACUCAGCGCCUCUGUCCAGGGUCUGUCGCCGCCCAGCGCGGGCUCCGCCGUUCCUCAGUCUCCCUCGGGGCCCGGACGGGCGCCGGGAGGCAUCCCUGGAGCCCCAGCGGGGAGCCUGCGUCGGGCGAGUCUCUCGAGCGCCGCGGCCGCGGCCGCGCUCGAGGGCGGAGGAACAGGCCGCGUGAUUGAGGUCACCGCGCAGCACGUCGAGUUUGCUCUCGACCGGCUGUGGGGCGAGCAGCCUGUCCAGGGGCUUCUUCAAGGCAUUCGCGAAAGAAAGAGAACGAAUCGAACGCUGCGGCUUCGCCGCGAAGAGGCCUGCCUCGCGCUUGUCUCCAAGCGUGAGUCCGGAGCGCCGAGCGGGGCGCGAGGGGCUGAGGCAGCGAAGCCCAGCAAGACGAAGGACGAGGACGACGCCGAAGACGAAGAUCUUCUGGCCGAGGAACUCUUUUUUGGCGGGUGUUUUGAGGAGGAAAGCGAGGUCGAGCACGGAAACGCCGAGAAAGAAGAGGCCGUGGACAGCCGGCGGGACGAUGUGGGGAAAGACGCGAGCGAAGACGCCCCGGCGAAAGCGCACCGUCUCGCUCCAGCUCUCGUCUUUUACAAGGACGCUCUGGAGAACACUGCGGCGUGGGACGACAUCGAGCGCUCAGUAGCCGACGCUUCUGUGCAGCCAGCUUUCCACGAGAAUCUGGCUACGGCGGAGUAUCUCCUCACGCAGCGGUAUCUGUGGAGCGAACUGGAGAAACUCAAAGAGUUCGCGGCCCCAGGUGUCGACGCGGGCGACGCAGACCCGAGUCUCCUGUCCCUGGGGCCCGCGGAGACAGCAGGCCAGGGACUGUCCGCCGAGGCUUCGAGGUCGCGUGUGGUGGAAGACGGCGUCGAGAGCCUACUGGAAGAAGCACAGAUCCUGGCGAAACGGAAUCGAGAGAAAGUUGCAAAGGCGGCGCUAGAAGAGACGACGCUCGACGCGGAAGGGCGCCUCAGUGGGGCCCAAGACGGUCUCUAUCGCGCGUUCGACUUCGCUGCGGCCGCUGUCUCGCCGGCAUCUGAAUCGUUUGCUUCUGCAGGCGAGGAGCCCGGCCUGGAGGCGACCGUCCCCUCCGGAGGCUUCGCGGUGGACGCAGAGAUGGAAGGCGAAGCCGAAGGAUUUGCGACAGAUACCUGUUUCGAUCUGGGAGCAGGCGGCGAACAAGACGAGGCGCGGCGGGUGUCGUUCGUCGAGGAGCAGACGUUCAAGACGCGAGGAGACAGCCCCGAGGGACGGAGACCCGGGCAAGAAGAGCCGGGGACUGGACUCGGCGUCGAUGCGUGUGGAGAGAAGUUGGGGGCGGGGACCGAAGGCCCCGAAGAAGGCUCCGACGGGGCCCUCGACCAAGCUCUCGAGGACGAGUUGGAAGAGAGUCUUCUGCUGGGCAUGGACGACGAUGCGCAGCCACCCGAGGCAGUCUCCGUUUCACGAGAGGGACAGCGCGAAAACGGUCUCUUCCCUCCACCUCCCGACUUCACCACCCACUCGGGCCCAGUCGCGGCGGGGCCUGGCGAAGUGGGGACGGCAGCCGAGAGCUCCCAGUCCUGGGGAAGCGAAGAAGGCGCUGCCGCCGACCCCCCUGAGCCAGGUGCUCUGCCUGACGCGGGAGAGGAAGAUGUGGAUUUGGAAGAGGAAUUGUUCGGCGGGUUAGAAGAAGCGUAG